AUGGCAGGUAAGGACACUUGCAUAUGGAUAGCAUCAUUGUUCAUACUGAUGAUGACUCAUAUGACUUUCGGAUACACAUGUCAUCCUGGCUGUGUCUGUACCCACAAUUUCACCAUGGUGACCUGUGCAAGACUACAGCUGCUAAAUGUAAAUAGUUUACCUCCACACACUAAAGAUUUCAGCAUCACUAAAAGUAAUGUGGGACCUGUGUUCAACUAUUCUCUCUCUUCCUUAGUUGAGUUAGAAGUUAUAGAUCUAUCACUGAAUAGCCUCACAGAAAUAUCAGGAGACGUCUUUCACCAUCUUGGGCGCGUCAGAAGUCUCAGUUUCCGUGGAAACCGUCUUCAUCGCCUGAUGAAUGAUGUAUUUCUUCACACAGCUAACUUACAAAUCUUGGAUCUCAGCCAUAAUAGUUUUUCUGUACUUCCUGAUGUACCGUUCAGAUUUCUACAAAACUUGAAAGUUCUAAAUUUAAGCUUCAAUCACUUUACAACUCCUGUUUUAGGACUGCGAUUCCAAGUUAUGACUAAUAUGGAGUUGCUAGAUUUUACUGGAAACAAUUUCCACACCAUUCCCCAGAAAACUUUUGAAAUGGCGCAAAACUGGAAUGAUGCAAUACAAAAGACUCUGAACUUUUCUUUCUGUGGCAUUCAUAGUAUUGAAGAAGGUGCAUUUGACGACUUGAGAAAAAUCAGGACACUUUUAUUGACUGGAAAUUAUCAUUUGACUUCUGAAAAUCUCACUGCUUCAUUCAAUUCAUCAGAUUUUUCGAGCUUAGUUUCCCUGGAUUUGUCUCGGAUGAACCUUACAGACAUUGGGAAUAUUCUUGUAGCACUUCAGGCAUCUCCUCUAGCAGAACUUCACCUGUCUCACAACAAACUUAUCACCAUUCCUCAAACGUUAUCCGACUACCAUGCCAAUCUGCAAGUUCUUCAAGCCCAUCAGAAUAAGAUAACAGAAAUCGGAACUUCACUAACUCAGAUACUGACCCUGACUCAUCUUGACCUUUCCUACAAUGACAUCGCUAAUGUAGACUCAACGUUUGGUGAAAACCUCGUAAAUCUACACACUUUAAUUUUGUCAAACAAUCAAAUCAGUGACGGAAUGGUUGUGGUUACAAAUAUGGCUUCUCUCAAGCAUUUAGAUCUCAGCAGUAAUCAAAUUACUAACUUUGGUAUUCCGGAUUCUCUUACAAAUUUAGAAAUCCUGUUUCUUGCAGGAAACCGCAUAACUGACUUAAAUCAGCUCAUUGGCCUCAACAGUUUGUUGAAAUUUGAUAUAAGUCGCAAUCAACUUUCUGAACUGAAAGCAUUUCUUUUUCCAGAUUCUUCCAAUAUAUAUUUAGCAAACUUCAGUGGAAAUGCCAUUUCCAAAGCUGAUCAUCAAACAUUUCGACGAAACACCCCCUGCAUCGUAGAUAUAUCACGUAAUAGAAUACAACAAAUCUUCAAUUUAGGAUGGGAGGAAGUGGAGGAGGUUCAUCUCCAGGGAAAUCUCAUAUCAGAAAUGGACAGGAACACAUUUUAUGGACUAUAUGCUGUUAAGUAUUUGGAUUUCAGUCAUAACACACUGACAGGAUUUGAUGCGGAUGGGUUUGUUUAUUUGAGAAAUUUGACUGAACUUAGAAUGAGCAACAACGAUCUCAUGGAUUCUGCCUCUUUACAAAUCGCUUUGUCAGCGAUGUCAAAGCUUGAAAAGCUAGACGUAAGUCACAAUAAUUAUACAGUUUUCCCACCAGACAUGCUAAAGAAAAACAAACAUCUUCAAAGUUUGAAAGUAAAUGAUAAUAAGGUGUUGACAUUUCAGCCUGAACUUUUCAAUCAUUUGGUCCAACUGAAGGAAAUUGACCUGUCCAACAAUAUUUUCCGCUGUGAUUGCGCGUUACUAGAUUUUCGAGACUGGUUGAGAAAAACCAAGGUUUUAGUGAUACAUCGAGUCAAUACAAGCUACUCGUGUCAAGGGCCUACAGACAGAAAAGGUAGGUGGGUUGUGAAUUACGAAGUUGGAAAGUUUGAAUGCCACCAAACUCUCUUGUACAUCAUAAUUUUCUCCUCCGUUGGAACUGUAUUGAUGUUGGUGAUUGUCAUAGGGAUACUGGUAUUCAAGGGUUAUUACCAGUGGCGUAAAAAACUUAAAUACGGUCAACGUCUUAACACCGUUGGAUACAAAUCGGUCAACGGUAAUCAUCUGGUUACGGAUGAAAAUAGCAAAACGAAGUAUAACAAACCAAAAACUUACAUGAAUGGUGGACAUCUAUCGAAACAAAUUUCAAGAGACAGUUUGGAUUUUGAAGUUGAAAAUUUGAUGAGAAAAAGACAGAAAAAUCAGAGAUUGCUCAACGGCUACAUGGGAAUACCACUUGUAGGCCUAGCUAAGGAAAAAGAAGAGUCAAGAACCAAAAAGGCGAAAAAUUCAAAAUUGAAAAGGAACGCUAACAAAAAGAAUAACCAAACUAAAGGAAAAAAGGGACAAGAAAUGAACAAGACUAAAGGAUUGUCAGAAAGGGAAUUGUUAAAGGAAAUUAGGUUCAAAAACAUGAAGCGAGAUGCAGCCCAGCGAUACGCCCACAGAAUGAGCCGUUACCAUGAGGGACGGAAUGACCUCAUGGUAAGUCGUAUGGUGCCGUACUUUUAUGAUAGACAUGGCGUCCGACGCUCUACAGCAAACAUGUUCAUGAGGAGUCGCCAACCAGAUAUUCACGGUCAUGGUGACGUCAUCAGGUUACCCAGACCAGUUCCUAGGCCACGACAUUCCCAAAGUGUACCAGACAUGCAUGGUUAUGUCAAUUCAAUACCUCGUAGAAGAUACCCUCUUACACCUGAAGUCCAUGUUCUUAGUCGUCACCAUCACAGGAAUUUAGAUCCAAAUUCUCCAGACUUUCCUUUGUCUAGGCGUAGAUAUAGAUCCCUUGGAAACCUUCAGCCUCUAGCAGAAACUCAAGGUCAAGAAAGAUCUCACCAUCAGAGUGAAACAGACUUGUAUCGUAAGCGGGACAAUAUGUUUUUGCCAGCUCGCUAUGACAAUGUUAAAUAUCACACAAUAAGUGCAAGGCCAAGGUCAUCUAAAGGUCAAUUUGGCAGUAGAUCAGAAUGGAUAUAA